AUGACGAGAGAAAUAGUUAAUGAAAUUCCAAAUUUGGCAGAGUCAAUGUUAACUGCUUUGGUGGUCGAUGACGAUUUCGUAAACCAAAGCAUACAUCACAAAAUACUGGAUCGUUUAGGGAUUAAAAACGAUGUCGUUUCUAAUGGUAAAGAAGCCGUCGAUGUUCAUUGUUCUGGCAGAAACUAUGAUCUCAUUCUCAUGGACAUGGACAUGCCUGUUGUGAACGGUAUUCAAGCGACAAAGAAACUAAGGGAGAUGGGAAUUGAGAGCAAGAUAGCAGGAGUAACAACUCGAGCAAACGAAGUUGAGAAAAAAGAGUUUAUGGAAGCUGGUCUUAAUGAAUUUCAGGAGAAACCUCUUACCAUCUCUAAGCUUCUCUCUAUUCUUCAUAAACUUGAUUUUUAUGCCAAAACAUCCGCUGGCCUGUUUAACCAAAGAUGGGAUAAAGCCAAUUGCCCAAAGGUUAGAGUUGACCCGGACAAUUUAAUCCACUAA